CUCAGCCCAAAACUACUCUUAAUACUCUCAACCGUCUACUCGAAUUCGAAGUUCAACGCAGAAAACACCUUUGUAACUAAUUUCAGCCCUUUACGCGUCCCUCACUUACAGUUGUGUAAACUGUACAUCCAGAGUCGAAUAUAUCGCUUUAAAAGAUAAAAAAAGCAAAAAAUAAAGGCAGGAGUACACUCAGCUAUCCGCUCUCCUUCAUUCACAUUUUCAGAGUUUGGCUAGAAUUGAUUGUUGUCUACGCGACACUUACUCAGAAUGCAGAAGAUCGAGGACAACAGGAGACCAUACACCUUGAGUCACCAAAAAGUUGCAAUCGACAUCGACUUUUGCAAUCAAACACUCACGGGCUCUACCGAAUUAUUCAUAUUGCCACUGACAGAGAAUUUGUCGUUGCUACACGUUAACUGUCGACAAAGUGAGGUUAUAUCAGUUUCGGUCAAUAAUAUACAAUGCAACUUUUUCUACCGCGACUCCAUCAAGGAAUCUUUAGCACUGCUAAGAGAAGGCACCGUCAACAAUCACCUUGAUUUAAAAAGACGUUGGUCGAUGGCGACAGCAGAAGAUGAUGAGGGAGAGCUUGCUAUUGUGAUUCCGAAAGGGAUGGUUGUCCCUAGCAUGAUGGAUGAAGGCACUAUAAACAGGACAUCCAAAGUCAUUGACACUGUCAGAGAUGCACAAACACCGGAGCCAAGCACACCACAGACACCAAUAGCGGCACCAAUGCUCAAUUCAGAAGUGAACUAUGCGACCCUAACUGUGCGAAUUGAUUUUAAACUGGAAAAUCCGUCAUCGGGUGUAUUUUUUACAGGGCCGGAUCCAAUCAAUGUCCCUAAUCGAACGCAUUCUGUAUAUACCAUCAAUCAACCAUUACCUGGAGCGACAAGGCUGUGGCUCCCUUGUAUGGAUCGUCUUGCCGAGAGGUGUACAUGGGAAAUCGAUUUUAUUGUCCCCGCUUUUGCACCAGAUGAGGGUCUAGUAGAGGACGAAGAAGGCUGGUCUCCGGAUGACUAUGAUGAGGAUGAGAAAGUUCAUGUAAUAUGCAGCGGCGAUUUGGUUCAACAAACGGCACAUCAUUCUAUACGCAGCAAGACCAUCUUUCAUUAUAGCAUACCCGUUCCGACUCCGGCUGCAUCAAUUUCUUUUGUUGCCGGUGUUUUCGAAGUUCAUAAGCUUGAUCGCAAAGAUUAUGGAGUCAUAGAGCAACAUGAUGGUGGAGAGGAUAUGGAUGACAACGAGCGAUUAGAAGCUCCAACUGCACAAAGUAGAGGCACUUUGCCAGAAAUGUUUGCUUUUUGUCCACCUGGAAGGUUGCCAGAGUUACGGACUAGCUGUGGAUUUAUGACCAAAGCAAUGGAGUUUUUCAUGCACGAGAUUGGGUCCUACCCUUUUUCGACCUUCAAAAUGGUCUUUGUCGAGGAUGCUUGGGCACCAAUGUUUACUUCAGCUACUAUGGCUGUUUGCAGUACCGCCCUUCUACACUCGGAAGAUAUCAUUGAUCAAGUGUAUGAAACCAGGAAGCGACUCACGCAGGCAUUAGCUCAGCAAUGGUUUGGUAUUCAUAUCGUGCCCAAGUCAUGGCCUGAUAUUUGGAUCAUGGUUGGACUAACCAACUUUGUGACAUCCCUGUUCAUCAGAAAGAUGUUUGGCAACAACGAAUACAGGUUCAGGAUGAAAAAAGAUAUCGAGCGUUGCUGUGCAAUUGACCGAGACCGAGCACCCUUAUACAACCCAAACAUUGCAUAUCCUAUCGAUCUGGACGACCUAGAGUUCAUUGGUUUGAAGGCGCCCCUAGUUCUGCACAUGUUGGACAAAAGAAUGUCAAAAGGUGGCUCUUCAUUGGGGCUGUCACGUGUUAUUCCUAAAAUCCUAGUUUCAGUUAUGAGUGGAGAAUUGGCGCACAAUGCAAUUAGUACACACUGGUUCCUGAAAACGUGUCGCAAAGUCAGUGGACUUGAGACAAAAGGCUUUUCUGAUCAAUGGAUCUACAACAGCGGAUGCCCUGUUUUCGAAUUUGGCUAUCACUUCAACCGAAAAAAAAUGGUGGUGGAGAUCAAUAUGCGUCAAUGGUCUACAAAUAGUCCAAUAAAUGAUUCAAUACGAAUGGGAAUCAAUAGCGAACACCCACCUCCAACAAUAUUUACUGGGACAAUGGCGGUUCGAAUCCACGAAGCUGAUGGAACGCCAUAUGAGCAUGUGCUGGAUAUACAAGAUGCUGGAAAGCGCUUUGAGGUUCAGUUCAAUACCAAAUAUAAGCGCAUCCGUCGGAACACAAAACGAUUCCAGGCCAAGCAAGCUGCGGCUGCUGCGGCUGCACGUGAAGCUGAAGAAGAAGGUGAUAUUGAGGAUGGUAUUGGCGCACUUGGUUUCGGAGCUGGACUCUGGGAAAACGAAAAAGAUAAAGAGGAAUGGCACAUCGUUGAAUGGGGCCAAAAUGAUGAGCAAGGGUCUAUUAGCGCCACGUUCGAGUGGAUUAGAUUGGAUGCUGAAUUUGAAUGGCUUUGUGAACUACGCUUUCAGCAGCCGGAUUUUAUGUGGGCAGCACAGCUCCAAAAAGAUCGAGAUGUUGUUGCCCAGUACGAAGCCAUUAUGGCGCUUGGAUCAAUGCCAUCGCAAACAGCCUCAACAUCGCUCCUGAAGACCUUGCUGGAUACAAGAUGUUUUUUUCGAGUGCGAGUAGAAGCUGCGUACGGUAUUGCUCGAUGCGCUCAUCCACGAGCCGAUUGGGUUGGAUUAUUGCAUCUUACAAAGACAUUCCAACACAAAUUCUGCUACCCACCAACCCAUUCGAGCACUUUUGAUUCUCCGGAUGGUACGAUCCCAUGUAUGCCUAAACCUAAUGAUUUUAGCAGCCUUGCGGAGUACUAUCUGCAGAAGGCCAUUCCAGUGGCGCUAAGUAACAUUAGAGACGAACGAGGUCAUUGUCCCUUGACGAUCCGGCAGUUCUUGCUAGACCUUUUGCGAUUUAAUGAUAAUACCGGUAACGUUUUCUCGGAUAACUAUUACGUCAGCACCCUGAUUUCAGCACUUGGACAUUCAUUGAUCCCAGACCAUCCCCGAAGUCAGGAUCUUUUUGAUGAUGAUGAAGAGGACAUGGAAGAGUUAGCGGGUGCAGAUAUCUUGGAACAAGCAAUACGCGAGAUUGAUAGAUAUAGGACCCUUGACUAUCUAAUCCCAACCUAUCAUAAUACAGUGACAGUCAGUUGCUUGCAGGCGACUAUGAGGCUCAUGCUUGCAGGGAUCGUUCCGCGGGAUCUUAAAAAUUUCAUGAUGCACUCAAGAUAUGGCAAUUUUGUCGAUGUACGCCUAAUAUCGUUUGAUUCAUUGUUGUUACUGGGCGCAUUGGAGAACCUCAAGGCAUCAGAAUAUCUUUGCAAUGUUGUUGAACAAGAUCCUUCGCCCUAUGUCCGGUUCCAUCUUGCGCAGGGAAUGGCUGCAAUUUUGGGGGUCUAUAUGGCACGCAACAGUGUGGAUGGCCUUCGAGAGCAUGAGGGAUUACUAUUUGAAGAGCAUGGCAUCGUUCGUGAUUCCUUUGGUCAAACUAUUGACAAGUCACCAUUACAGGGAUUGGAUGUGAUUCGAAGACAUUAUGGACAGCAACCCGUCCUUCGAUCAGAGAUUUGGCGGAUCUUGACUAUGGAUCCCUAUAUCGAGCAUAGAGUGCUGAAAAAUCUACUCUUGUUCUGCGAUCUCCUCUACCCACCUGGUGAACCAAUCCCUUUAUCGCUCAAACACCGUUCGGUAGUCAUGAACGAAAUCGAGAUGAGAGAGCCGUCACCUAUUUUUACACCGAUGAGCACAUCAAAUAUCCCUACACCAGCUACAAUACUGCCAGCAUCAAUCCUUACGUCACCUUCAUCUGCUACCCAAAUACCUGCUGCAACAUCCUCGAUUUCUGGAGAGACUGAAAUUAAUCCUGUAUUGAUCAAGGCACCGGAGCCAGUAAUACCCGCUGACUCUACUCCAAUAAUACCACAGUCUCAAUCGCACACUCAAGUAACUUUGCCAGAAGCAAUAUCAACAACAGCACCAGCGCCAGCACCACUACCAGCACCGCCUUUAAAACCUGCCAAGGUUAAACCAGAGACGCAGAAACCAGUGAAGACGGUAAAGCCUAAAGCACCUUCUCCCCCUGCGACCUUUCAGUCUGCAGAUCGAGUUCUGACCAAGGAAGCACCAGCCUUGGAUGUCAGGCCGUCUUUUUCUACAUACGUUAAAGAAGAACCCUUGACAUCACCUACAGUUGCAUCAUCGACAACACCACGGCCACCGACAGAAUAUAAUGAACUGUCAGCUAAAGUAUCUAACAAGAAGCCUGACACUAAACCAAAGUCUGAUAUUAAACCAAAGUCUGACACUAAACCAAAGUCUGACACUAAACCGAAGUCUGACACUAAACCAAAGUCUGAUAUUAAACCAAAGUCUGACACUAAACCAAAGUCUGACACUAAACCGAAGUCUGACAGCAAACCAAAGUCUGACACUAAACCAAAGUCUGACAGCAAACCGAAGCCUAUUACGCCCGUGCACAAGGAGCCCUCGUUGUCCUCAUCGGCUAUUACCACGAAGCCUAGUGAAAUCUCACCAAAGAAAGUACCUACAAGUGUUACCAUCGACGAGAAUCCUCGAAAGCCAUCACCGCCUAUGACACCAGAGUUUGCCAAGCUAUGCCGCAAACUCUGGCGCAAAAUGUUCACCCAUAAAUCCUCUACUCAUUUCCGCGUGCCUGUCGACCCAAUUGCAGAAAAUAUUCCACAUUACCCAGCUAUUGUAGAUAAGCCAAUGGAUCUAAGCACUAUCAAGGCUAAACUCGACAGGAACCAAUAUGCUAACCUUCAAGAGUUCGAGGAUGAUAUUCGUCUUAUGUUAAACAACUGCUUCAAAUUCAACCCCUGUGGGACUUAUGUCUACAACCAUGGUCAGGAAUUAGAGACUGUCUUUGAAGAGGACUGGCGACGUGUCAUGGAAAGCGCAGGUGCUAGUGUUCCUGAGUUGAAUAUCACCAUCGUUGAGGCCCCAAAGAGCUCAGUGGCGGAUAUUCCAACCAUAAAUCAGAAUGAAACCACAACAUCCUCUCUGCUUGACCACGAAACCCGAAACCCAAAACUCGCGACUUCUUCUGUCUCACGGAAACCUUCAAGCUCUAAGUCAAUGCCCGCACCAGCUUAUACAUUGCCAAUUACAUCAACUACUGAUCGCCUCCCAUCGCCUGCGCCACCCACCCAUUCCUCAAGCCAUAAGGAAAAGCCCACUGCUUUCUCUAAUAUGGCAGGCUCCUCCAGGAGCGGCUCGUCUGGAAAAGCUGGGGAUUUGUUGAAGUGUAAAAAGAUUUUAAAAAAACUAAUGGCCGACCCUUGUGCAUUCGAAUUUCUACAGCCUGUUGACCCCAUUCGUCAAGGAAUCCCGCAGUACCUGAAAAUAAUAUCACACCCUAUGGACUUGGGCACCAUUCAACAGAAGCUCAAGAUGGACGAAUACAAGAAUGCGAACGAAGUACGAGAUGAUAUUGAGCUGGUAAUCUUCAACUGCCGUAAAUUUAACCCAAGAGGAACAUAUGUUGUGAACCAGGCAGAUGCUCUUGAAAAAUUAAUGAUUGCGGAGUGGGAGUCAGCAUUUGGCCCGGGAGAUGAUAAUAAUACUCGACAAGGGGUCGAAUCGACGCCAAUCAAGGGCAGUCCCCCAUAUAGCAGUGGUGUUACAAGCACCUCUAAAUCAAAAUCUAAACCGCUUCCCAAUACGCCCAAGCCCAAGAAUGUCAAGUCUGUUGAUAAAGCAUUAGAACCUCCCAAAGAUGUCGUGGAAAAAUACAUGGAGAAGAUUCUAAAGAAAUGCACCAACCAUAAACACGCUGGUCCCUUUUUAGAGCCCGUGGAUUGGAAGGCGCUCAAUUUGCCUAACUAUCCUGUACUGAUUAAAAAUCCCAUGGAUUUUUCUACGAUACGCAAAAAACUCUCAGCAGGAAAAUAUUCUACCAUGGACGACUUUGCAGACGAUGUGCGUCUGGUCUGUCAAAACUGCGUCAAUUUUAACGGCAUUGACCAUCCCUUUUCACAGGGCGGUCUAAUGAUCCAAAGCCUAUUAAACAAGGAAGUGGAAAACGCCAAACGGGAGCUCAAUCGAGCCUAUCCUACUUCUUCGUAUGCAGCAACAUCUAUUACGAACGCUGGAGCCACUGGAUCGUCCGGUUCGGGACGGGCUAGUGAAGAACUGAAUGCACACCGGAAGAUCAUUGAAAAGCUUAGGACUAGUCCAGACUUUGGGGCAUUUGCUGUGCCAGUCGAUCCGAUUGCGCUUGGUAUUCCGACAUAUUUUGAUGUCAUCAAGCACCCAAUGGAUUUUGGCACAAUCGAGAAGAAGCUAGUCGCCGGCCAGUACACCUCAGGCGCCGAAGUCAUUCAGGAUGUGAACUUGGUAUUUUCCAAUUGUGCACUUUUUAACACACAUCCAGGUGAUAUGGUUGCAUUGAUGGGUGUUCGCCUCAAAAAGAUGUGGGAGGAUCUGAUUGAAAAGGAGGGACUAAAUAGGCGAGCAUCAUCGCUUCCUACAUCCAAAGGCAACGCCACGAAUGCUUCUAGUGGAUCAACUCCAAAGGCCAAGUCAACUUCGGCGACAGCCAAGAUGGCGCCAGCGUACGUACCCCCAUCUUCGUCCUCGCCUUUGGCCUCUUCUAGCCCUGUGAUAUCGAAUUCACAACAAUCUAAAUCACCACCCCAACCAACUCAAUCAACCCAACGUAACUCCUCGAUAUCUAUGCCGACCCUGUUUCGAAAAGUGACGCCAACUGGAAACAGUUACAAUGGUAUCCACAAGCAUACCUCUUCGUCAACUAAUUUUACAUCUGAUAGAAACAGUAAUAAGCAUUAUCGACAGCGUGAACUUUCUAGUGUGAGUGACCUCUCUGAACGUGAAGAUGACAAUGAUGAUGCAUCUCGAACCACGAAGCUACCGCAGUCUAUGCUGUCGUCAUCACGUUAUGACUCUGAUUCUGGAAAGCGAAAAAGAUAUGACCACCACUAUCAUAGCGAGGACCGUAGAAGAAGGAGCUCUUAUGACAACAAUGAUGAAGGCGUAGAUAAGGACGAUGAUCGUUCUUCGAUUAUCGGUAGCGGCAAACGACACAAGGCUGAAAGGUCAUAUUCAGAAGAAUAUGCUUCGUCAUCACGCUAUGACUCUGAUUCUGGAAAGCGGAAAAGGCAUGAUCACCACUAUCAUAGCGAGGACCGUGGAAGAAGGGGCUCUUAUGACAGCGUUGAUGAAGACGUAGAUAAGGACGAUGAUCGUUCUUCGAUUAUCAGCAGCAGCAAAGGAUACAAGGCCGAAAGGUCAUAUUCAGAAGAAUAUGCUUCAUCGUCUUCAAGAAAGGAGCACAGACAUCAUAAAAGCAGUAGCAGCAAGGAGUAUCGAGAACACCGCGACCAUAGGAAGCACAAGAAGAGUCGCAAACACAAGAAGCACAAGAAACGGUCUUCGGAAGAUCGUGAACGUGAUUCAUCUAUAUAGUAAUGUAAAGCCCAUAGUUGCGCUCUCAUGAUGAUCGCUCAUAAUCAUGAUUGAGGUCACAUGAUUGAGGUCCGAUGAUUGAAGUAUGCUCAUUUCCUGAAAGGCACAUGAAAAUGGAAUGAAAUGAAUGGAAU